UUCGUUGAGGUGAAAAUCAGGUCCAUGGAAUCCAGGCUGCCCAGCAGCGUGAAUAAAAUCGCGUGCAAGGCAGCAUGGGGAAACCCAGGCUAGGUUAGAAAGGUAAACAUGGUAAAACAGGUAAUUUACCUGACAUACUGCCUGAAAUGACACAAUUUUAGUGGGAGACCUAAAUGUUGCUUUGACUUGACAAAUAUAACCAGAAACAGCUGUGUAACAAAAACAUCAACAGCAGGAACUCACUCUUACGGAGCCUUUUGUGAUCUCAUUGGCAUUCGGUCUGCAUUUUCCCUGCCGCCUUCUCCACUGCCUUGUAAGUGUGAUUUCUGGUCUUCCUCCCCAGGUAGGCUUAUUAAACCUCAAGAACAACCCAUGAUGACACAGACAAGGGACAUGCAGGGAAUAAGGAAUUCCUUACAGGUGAGAGCACCUUGUUUACAUGGUGAGUCCAGCAGGAUCAAUGCUCCCUCCAAUCUCUCUCUCUCUAUCUCUCUCUCUCUCUCUCUCUCUUGCUCUGCUUAAGUGGAUUGCAGCAGGGGAUUAACACUGGGUGCUGGGUGAGAGGUGAGAGGUAUGUGUUGUGUUGGAGCAGGCGAAAGAAACAGCAGGUUCGGCUCAUCUCAGCUUCUCAUUUUUUACCAUCACAGAGAGAGAGACAGAGAGAGAGAGAGAGAGAGAGAGAGAGAGAGAUCAAAUGGGGCAAAUAACUAGUAUAGCUAUGUGAUUGAUAGCAACAGUCGGAGAAGGUGCACACAAAAAGGAGGUUUUUCUUGUUCACCGGUGACAGAGGACUAAAAGGCACCCAUCUGCAAGAGGCAAAGAAGAAACUAAACUAAAUAAGAAAAUGAGCUGCUGCUUGGAAAAGAAUGCUAACAGAAAUACACUGGUGGUGGCAUUGGAGCUAACAGGACUUUUUCUCAGAUGGCAGAGUGAGAGAGAAGUCUGAUAAUUAAUAUCCUUCUUCCUGUUUAUUUCCCCCCUCAACACUCUCUGUUUCUACCUGGGAAGCAAACAACCUUUGAGAGUUUGGGCCAUGGAGCUGUUUUUGGGCAAAGUUCUGGUGAAGAACAACUGGGACCGCAAUGAGCUGGACACGGAACGUGAGAUCACCAUGAAGCUGCAGAACCGGAUCCUCAUGCUGUUCUUCGGAUCGUGGGACUGUGAGCGCUGCCAGGACUUCGUCCCGACCCUCAAGGACUUCUACAAGCGUCUGAUGGACUCGUUCUACAUGGAGCGGCCAUCCCAGCUCGUACUGAUCUAUGUGUCACUGGACGACUCUGAGGUUCUGCAGGAGAAGCUGCUGAAGAAACUGCCUAAGUGGUGCCUAUUUCUGCAUCACGACGACCCCUAUAGGAAGGAGCUGGGUGUGAAGUUCGAGGUGCAUGAGACUCCCACGGUGGUGGUGCUUCGUCCGGACGGUUCCUUGCUGCUGCCGAACGCCGUCUCUGAGAUCUGCGAGCUCGGGCCCGACUGCUUCCGUCAGUGGCAGGAGGCGGCGCAGGUCAUCGACCGCAACUUCGAGAUGCACGUGGAGUUCGACGACAAGAAGAUGCGCAGCGUCACCGACCCGAUCCGCAAGCUCAAGUACAAGGUGGAGAAGAAGAAGAAGUGGCGGUGGUUCCUGGGCGGACGGGGAGGCCGUGACGAAGAUGAGGAUGAGGAAGAUCAAAAUGGGGACUUACAUGACAAUGGAGAUUUCAAAGGGCCCUGGGACUAAGUACAACGUUUGGGGGAAAGACAGGGGCCGAUCACUUACAUCUUUUUGUUACUUUUUUUAGUCUAUAUUUCGGUUACUUGAAUUUUAAGUGGCGGGUUAACUUUCAAAGGAAAAACCCUACGGUAACAAAAGGAAGAGGAUUUACGAGGUUUAAUGCUGUGGGUACUGGACAUAUGGUACACACAGUGGACAUGUAUGAAUGUUACAUGAAUUUGACAACUCUGUCCAAAUCACAGAGACCACACAAAGCCUAAUGCAUGGUAUCGCAAGAAUGUCUCCAUAUCUGUCUGUGUAUUAAAUCCAACAAGAUACAAAGAAAUGAUAUAGGCUAUUUUAUUGAAAAUACAAUACAACAAAAAUGAAAUACAACAUUCGUAUAAUAGGCCAAGCUCACUGACCUGACACCUUAGAUGAAAUUUGAGGUGGUAAUGCAGUGGAAAGUUAAGAGGGUCGUGUUCAUCUGCAGGGGUUGGUGAAUGAGAGAGAGAGAGAGAGAAGAAGAAGAAGGAGUUGAUGUCAAAGUCAGAGUUCAGGCUGAUUAGUGUUGAGCUUACUGAUUAUGUAAGGCUGCUUCUUCUGCAAAACACAUCAUGAGUCUGCCAUUCUGACUAAGUAUGGAUAAGUAGAAUCAGUAGAUCUACAUUUGCAGAAAUGUCGGUCUCACAUUACUGCUGCUUUUGUUAUUUUUGUAAUACUUUAUAUAUCAUUUUUGCUUUACUGUGUAUGCUGUAAGGUUAAUGUCAUGAUGCUGUC